CAGACUUUGUCCUCAAACAGAAACGUGGUGUCAGUCUAGUAGCGUGGUUCGCGUGUUUGGAUGGCGAUCAAGCGCUCUUGAUACGAUCAUGGCUCUGUCGUUCAGUUUUAGUAUAUUGGUAGCCUUUGUGGCUGCAACUUUUUGCAAUAAUCUAGUUGUAGAUUAUGUGUUCACAUACGACGAAGCCGGUCUACUUUAUAGGCUGUCGUUUGCUCUGCUGGCUCUUUGUACGCUCAUCGUGGCAAUGUUGGCUGUGGACCUGAAUUCUAAGUGGCCAGUGUCCAUCUACCACACCUACUCGUCCAUGAUUUGCCAAUACCUGCAAUCGCUGGGUUGUUCGAUUCUGAGCAAGAUUGCAUAUAAAAAACUGGAACUGAGCACAAAGAAUGUGAAAGUAACACAGGAGAAGCUUCUACUGAAGGAGCUGAGAAGGAGGAAAAACACCGAAUAUGGCAGGGAACACAAGUUUGCCACCAUCACAAACCGUCAGCAGUUUGUGGAACAGCACCCGCUCACAGAGUACAGCCACUAUGAGGAUCUUAUCAAGCGGACGGCGAGAGGAGAGGUGAACGUGAUGCUUCCAGAUCGGCCGAAAUUGCUCGGAGUCACUUCUGGCACGACCACCGGUCAUUCGAAGGCCAUCCCGGUCGACAGGGCUUACGUCGGACAAUUCUUCCUGAAGGGACUUCUCCCCGUGUUCAACGUGAUGAAGACCUACUUUCCGCAGAGCUACGGACUGCAGAAGUCGCUGCAGUUUACCUACUCGGCCCGUUGGCGCCUCUCAGAAGGCAACAUACCCGUCGGGCCCGCCUCGAAUCCUCACAGCACUGGCAUCGAUCGUCUGCAGGUUAACUACACGACCCCGGCAGCUGCCGCUUCCAUCACGACCGAACCAGAGGCACUCUACAUCCAUCUACUAUUCGGUCUGCUUGACCCCUAUGUAGAGAAACUUGAAGCAAAUUUUGCCUCCAUCGUCUACUAUGCAUUUGUGUCGCUGGAGAACAACUGGAGCGACCUUGUGACAGACAUCAGGCUGGGGAGAGUCAACCCUGAUCUGAACAUCACCGAUGAAACAAGGGCCGAACUCAAUAAGCUUCUGCGGCCGCACCCGUGCCGCGCGAUGCACCUGGCGUUGGAGUUUGAGCGUGGCUUCGUCGGCAUCGCGCGCCGCGUCUGGCACCAUGCGCUCGUCGUCGUCUGCGCAACGUCCGGCGCCAGCGCCACCUACGCGCGCGCGCUCGAGGAGCGAUACACGCGCGGCACGCCGCUCUACUCGCCCGCGUACGCCGCCACCGAGACACUCGUCGGACUCAACCUGUGGCCCAAGGAGGAGGAUCCGCACUAUGUGCUGGUGCCGAACAUCACUUUCUACGAGCUCAUCCCGCUAGAGGCGCAGGACCAGGAGCAGCCGAAAACCAUUUUUGCCGAACAGGCGAAGGUAGGUGAGAGCUAUGAACUUGUGAUCACCAACAUGAGCGGACUCUACCGCUACCGGUUUGGCGACAUUGUGAAGGUCGUUCGCUUCUUCAACGAGUGUCCAGUCAUCGAGUUUCUCUACAGGAAAGGACAGCUGCUCAACGUAAGAGGCGAGAAGACGAGUGAAGACUCAUUCUACCAAGCGUUGGUGCACUGCGCCUACAGGUGGCACCACUGUAAAGUUAUCGACUACACGUGCUGUGAGAGCGUGCUAAUGGACACACUUCAAGGCAACACCGACUCGUCCGUGCCGUACUACCUGGUGUUCGUCGAACUGGGAGGCGCCGAGGCGCGCAAACAUCUGAACAUCUCUACGGAACAAAAGCACAUGCUGGAUGACAUGCUACGUACGACAUCAUACGUCUACGAGUCGUACCGCAGCAAGGGCAGCAUCGGUCCGAUGUCGAUAAGCAUCGUGAAGCCAGGCAGCUUCCACGAGUUCCGCAGCCUCCUGCUCACCAGCACCCAGGCGUCGGCCAACCAGGUCAAGGUGCCGAGGGUUCUCCACCAGACCGCCUAUCUACAGUUUAUGUUGGAUCACGUAGUUGUCGCGUGAGGAUGCUGCGCCGUGGAAAUCGUGGAAACCAUGGAAACUGGAUACAAGCAAUCUCUCUCUGCUCAUCUGUACAAAUACACGUGUAACAGAGACCUGUACUAUAUAUAUAUAUAUAUAUAUAUAUAUUUCCUGUGUGGAGACCUGGCUGUAUGAAAAACGGAUACGCAUGGCCCAUGGCCGCAAGAACGCAGCGUUUGGACACACUGGACAUGCUGGGACCAAGAAGACCAUAGACGCACUGGCCGCAAGCAGCAAGCAUGCAGCUCCCCAACUAACAUCCUGCCGCGUUGAAAUAUUGUCUAUCGGAAUAAUGAAACUGCAAAAUUUUGUUUACUGCGAAUGGCGGAGGUAAUCUUGUUUUGUGGGACUGCGGCGACCGAGGUUCC